AUGUAUUCAAAUGAACGUUUACACGAGCGAUAUGCUUCCACUCACCCUUUCUCCGACUCAACUGAAGUCCUAAAAUCUUCUAGGAAUAAGCGAAUACAAUUUUUACGCACACUACGUCAAUCAAUAGUUGGUAAGAAGAGGGAGGAAUUUAUCAGAUUAAUGGAACUGCAUACUAGUGAUAAAAAUGAUCAACAACCACAUAGCAAUUUGAAUGUUACUAUCAUACCGUUACCUACAAAUUACUUUUUCAAGUUGUUAGUAAUACCAGAGUUUCUACUAGGUACCAAAAAUACUGUUGUAGAGGAAUCACAAAUGAUUUCAGAUUCUGUGUUCUUUCCCAGACCUAGUGGCAAACGCUUGAUAGUACAGAUCAAGAAUUUUGUCGUUAGGGCAUUUGAUAAGGGAGGAAUACUAAGAUAUAAUUUUAACACUGAUUUAUGCAAAGGACCCACACUACUGGAUGUUGUGGUACAAAAAAAUAAGUUUUACGUCUGCGAUGUACUAUUUUAUAAUGGAAUUUUAAUGGCAUCAUCUCCCGCCGACUGCAGACUGUUUUUUAUAAAGUCCAGAAUACAAGAAUCCGCUGAUUCCAUAUUUCAAUGUGUAGACUAUCACCAUACUAGCGUGGCAGAUUUGCAACGAGUUUACGAACUUACGGAAAACUCACAAAAUGUAGAAUAUGAUUCUCUAGUAUUUUUAGCGAGAAAUGCCGAAUACAUGGGCGGAUAUAACCCUUUUUGGCUCGUUUGGCGAGAUAAUUCUAUCAGUAAAUAUGAUGAAGCAGGAACACCUUGCCGUGUAUUUCUUGACACUAAGGCGGGAAAUCUGUCAACAUUAGAUGGCGUACAUAUAGGCACAAUGAAUCUGGCUGGCUUUAAACAUAAAAGAAGAAAAAUAAUAGUAAAAAUUAACGUAUCAAAGGUAGACCUUGACAAUUUACAAAUACUCAAUUACUCUAUAGUCACUGGUCGAAAUAAUUCGAUGCUAUUAUCUACCUCAGGCCCCUUACCACAUUCCCUGCGGCAAAUCCUCUCCCGAUUCAGAUACGAUGGCAAGUCGAUGUUUUACGAUCUUUUGCAUGAAUUAGAGAAUAUAAGUAUUAUUCAUAUAGACGACUAA